AUGUGUCAUGCAGUCAUGUCAAAUUCUACAGGGUCGUGCAGCGACCACGACUGGGAAUCCUGGGUAGAAUCAAUAGACAGCAUCUCACACACCUACCGUCCAUCCAUGGCAGACGAACUUCUAACGAACGCUGAGUUCAUCGUGCGCUACAAGACAAGGAUGUCUAUAUCGGCUAACCAGGCCUGCGUUGGCAUCGCUAGAGGUUGCUCCACGUUUCACCAACUACUGGAAGUUACGUCACGCCUGAUCAGCCAAACAAGAUGUGCAGACCGGCUUGUUGGGUUUUUGAAGACGAACAAGGUGUUACCUAAGAUGGUGAGCAUCGUAGAGGCUGUGCUCAGCAGUAAGGAUGCCAUGGAGCAGCCGUGGGUUCACCGACUGCUCAGCCAUCUGCUGGAGGUUAUUAGAGCUAUAGUGAAGUGUGAACCGUGCUGCAAUGAUAAGGAGUUUACAGCCAGCAUGUUGCAGCCCAGUUCAGAGUGUUGUCACCUCGUCCCUGCCCUGCUAUCAUUGUGUGAAGACACCAGACCACAGCUGGACAGCAAACCAAAGAUGGCCGACGCGUCACAGCUGGACAGCAAACCAAAGAUGGCCGACGUGUCACAGCUGGACAGCAAACCAAAGAUGCCGCCGACGCCCGCUGCACAAGCUGGACAGCAAACAAAGAUGGCCUGCACGUGA